AAAAAAACUCUCCGGUUCUACGCGAUUCACCUAAAUGACCCAAUUGACCAAGAAAACGGCGAUUUUCGCCGAAAAGCGACAAGUUUGCAGUGAUGGGUUCGUAUUUAAAGACUCCUUCCAAGGUGGGAAAGUUUUAGACCUUCAUCAGAACAGAAACGGGGAGGCAGAACCAGAGGGCGACUCCUGAUAAACGGGCGUGCAGAGACACCCCUCCGCCAUACACUGCCCCGGGCCCUGAAAGAGUGAAGAGAACAGAGGAGAAGAGGUGAAAAUGUGGCUUUGACAUCACAGGUUUGGAAUGCAGUGUAAACUUUGCAAAUUUAACCACAGUAGCCGAGCAGUCCUCCUGAAACACUACAGAUUACAUCACUAUCAAGGGCGAUCCUGGCAGCUGCCUUGUUUGUACACUGACUGCAUAUGCACUUUUAAAACAGAAGAAUAUGCGACUACGUGUUGUGUUGGCCCCUGAUAAUAUCAGGAGGUUGGAUAUUUUGGAAAAUCUCACUUCAGUUGAACACUUGAAAAUAAUUCUCCAAGAAAGGCUUGAAAUUAAGGAUGACUUUCUGAUUCAAUUUGAGGAUCCUGAGUUUGGAAAUGAACUCUGUAACUUGACUAAUAUAACAGAACUUCCACCAGAUAGAGCAGUGCUGAAGAUUCUACAAAAAGAACCUGAAGAAUCAGAUUUAGAGACCAUUUCCUCUUUAGACACUGCCAGUAUGUCCUCCCCAUCAAACAGCUCAAACCAGAGUUCCUCAUCUGUGACAGUCAGGCAGCGUGAGAAUUCACAUUGGCCCUCUGCUUUCUUGAUUCCUGAGUUUGCCUAUGAUGUAGAACUACGUCUUAACAAAGGGAAUGAGAAUUUUAAAGAAAAUGGAAUGCUGCUGACGUUACCGAGAGAAAUGAAAAUGGACAUCUUGGAUGGCAUAGCUCAAGCAAUUUUUUCAUUCAAAGCAUAUCCAAACAACCAAGAGUUGGAGUCAGUGGCUACUGCAUUGAUUGAGAAGCAUCCUUGUCUUAGGGAUCCAGGCUCAGGAACAGGCUAUCACAGCUGGACUAUGAGCAUCAAAUAUAAGAUUGGGAACUACCGCCAGAAACUACGAUCGGCUGGUUGCUCAGAAGUCACUGUAAACCGGAAAAGAGCGAAGGAGGAUUCCAGACGUUUGAAGAAAGCAAAGAGAUGUGAGGUGAAUUUCCUCCCAGACAACCCAGUUGGGCAGACACAUUAUUCUUUACAAAAGGAAAGAGAUGCACUACAGGAGGAAAUGAAAAAGAAACAUCCCAACAUGACAUUUGUUGACUCCAAAAUGGAACUGACAUUUUCACUGAGAAGGAAGGAGAUAGUUGAUGAAGAACCCCUUGUGGCUGAUGUCCUAAAACAGUGGCCAGCAUUGUUUUUGGAAGAUCAGGUCUGUGCUGAGUUUUACAGAAUCACACAAACCAACCUGAAGAGCACCUUUUUCUCUCAUUUGGAUGAGUACACAUCAAAAAUUAUCAAGUUAUACAGAGCUCGAAGUGGAGCAUUUGGAGAUGACAUGAAGUCCCUCCUAGAACAACUUGAUAAUCAAACCACCGAUGUGCUUGCCCAUAGAAAGGCUACAACUCUCAGAGGUCAACCUUUUUUUAUGAGAGAAAAGUCUGGAAACUUCCUGAAGACUUGCCUGGACACAGAGCCAGAGGACAUCCAUGCCAAAGGGGUGAAGAUGGGGAUCUUAACAAUCAUUGAAGAUGAUGUCUCCACCUUCCACUCAAACCCAAAUAUAAGGUGCCUAGCUGUUGUACUAGAGGAGCAGAUUGUGUUGGAUGAUGUACAAGACCUUCCCACUGCUGUUGCUCUCCUCUUUGGCUUAAUUUAUGCACUCAACAUGGACUACCCUAAAGAUCUAAAAUACACUUUUGAAACCAUUCAAAAAGUGUUUAUGUGCCUUGACCCCCAGUGCUCAGCAAGGGUCCAAUCCUUCAAAAACAAGUUGUUGAAGUAGCUGCAAUUUGUAAUUCCAGUCAUUCCUGUUGUUUCAUUGGAUGCAUCUGUGGCAGUACAACAUAUGCAAAAAAUAUAUAUAAAAGGAAAGUUUUUGUUGUUUUAAUAGUUUAAAUAAUUUGCUUAUUGAUCCAGCACAUGUUUGUUGCGUUAUGAAUGUGCCAAAAGUAACUGAUGGAUCAAGUUGAGAGGAUAUACGGUUCUUUGUGACUUUUGGUUUAGGACUUUGGAGUAUUGUUUAUUGCAGCAGCAUUUUAAGAUUAUUAUUUUUACAGCACUCUGGCAUUUUAAGAAAAUGUUUGUUACUCCAGCUCUUUAAGAACAUUUGUGUUGUAAAUGUUCUUACAUGUAACAUACUAAAAGCAGUAUAUGAGGAUUUUUUUCCCAUCUAGAUAAGUAGAGUGAAGCAGAACUGCAUCACAUUUUGUUCCUUUUAA